AUGUUAGAUGGGAUACCCAAGUAUCUUGGUGACCUCUGUAGUCUGGAAACUUUGUAUUUCGAUGAAAACUCCGCUGUUGUCAAAUUUCCUGAUUUUCUUGACAACUUGUCUGGAUGCACAUCACUUGCAUUGAAAGAGUUGGAUGCUUCUAAUAGCCAGUUUACAGGGUCAUUGUCCGAUGAGAUCCGAAAGUUUUCAUCCCUAGAAUCUCUGUACCUAUCUUAUAAUCACUUAAAUGGAAGUAUAAGUGAGAAACUGUGGGAACUACCGGGGCUUGAAUUGCUUGAUGUUUCUUUUAAUAAUCUUACAGUUCCUUCUACAUAUCACUUGUCAAGCCUUUCUUAUGUAAAAGUUAUUGAUCUGAUGUUCUGUAAGAUAGGGCCUCACUUCCCAAAAUGGAUUCAAACACUCAAAAAUCUUGUCGUUCUUGAUCUUUCCAAUACUGGAAUUUCAGACACAAUUCCUCUGCAGUUUUGGGACAUGUGGGCUUCUCCUUUAACAUAUUUGAAUCUUUCUUCCAACAAUAUUAGCGGGAAGGUAUCAGAUUUAUCAUCAUAUUUUGCCGAUGAAUCUAUCAUAAUAGAUUUGAGUUCCAAUAGCUUUUAUGGUCCAAUACUGAAUGUUCCUUCCACUUUGUUUAUAUUAAAUCUUUCCAGAAACAAAUUCUCUGGAGGGAUCUCCUUUAUAUGCCAAAUUGUUGAUGGGUUCUUAUCAUUUCUUGACCUCUCUCAUAACUCAUUAAGUGGACAACUCCCCGACUGUUUGUGGCAUUUCAAAGAACUACAGGUUCUUAAUCUCGGACACAACAAUCUAUUUGGAAGGCUUCCUCCCUCUAUUGGAUCUUUGAUAGAACUCAAGAUGUUGUAUUUAUACAAGAACAACUUUUCUGGAGAAUUGCCUUUGUCUUUAAAAAACUGCACGAACUUAAAGUCGUUGAAUUUGGGGGCCAACAAGUUUUUUGGUAAUGUGCCUGUCUGGAUUGGGGAAAGUUUAUCAGGGUUGUAUGUUCUUAUUCUAAGAUCAAACAACUUAUCUGGAACCAUCCCGUUACAGUCAUGUCAAUUACCAAAUCUUCACAUUCUGGACUUGUCAAUGAAUAAUCUCCAUGGAACCAUCCCCUCAUGUUUGAAUAAUCUUAAGAGCAUGGUUCAACAAGGAUUCUCCCAAGAUGUAGAGCUUCAUAGAAAGAUAAGAGGCAGGGUGUAUGGAUGGGGGGCAUAUAUUGACCAUGCACUGAUUGAGUGGCAAGGAGAUGAACGUGAAUUCUUUAGCACUCUAAAAUUGGUGAAGAGCAUUGACCUAUCAAGCAAUAAUUUAACAUGA